AUGGAAACCGUGCGCAGCGGGCCAGGGCGGCACCCAACCUCUAACAUCCGCAACGUUUGCAUUCUUGCCCACGUCGACCAUGGGAAGACCUGCCUAUCGGAUCGCCUGUUGAGUAUCAACGGGCUGAUCAGCGAAGCGUCGGCGGGCACGAUUCGCUACCUUGAUUCUCGCGAAGAUGAACAGAGGCGUCAAAUCACCAUCAAAGCAAGCGUCGUCUCUCUUUUCUUCAAACGCACAGAGCACCAUGGGUCGGCUUCGGAAACCAGGACUUCUGCCCUGGCGCCUGCGUCUUCUUCGCCCUCGUCAUCUGCUUCUCCGACCUGUGGCGGGUGUGCGGCAACUGGGGACGGACACGGUGCGCCGGAGGUGUCUCCUGGUGGCGGACGAGGCAGCCCAGACGACCUUUCGAAGCCCAGGGGUCCAGCCCACCGCGUUCCCUGCCAUGUCGUAAACUUGGUUGAUUGUCCAGGGCAUGUCGACUUCGCCAGCGAGGUAUCGGCCGCGGUGCGCCUCUGCGACGGCUGUCUCCUGCUCGUGGACGCCGUCGAGGGCGUUGGGCCGCAGACGGUUGCAGCUCUCCAGCAGGCGUGGAGCGAGCGCGUGGUGCCCCUCUUGGUUUUGACGAAGAUCGACAAGUUGAUUCAGAAGCUCUGUCUGACGCCCAGCGAGGCGUACGCACACUGCCAGGCCAUUGUGGAGCAAGUCAAUGCCCACCUCCACCAGCAGAUCCACUCGGAGUUCCUCGCCGGCAUUCCUUCGCACCAGCUCCCGGAUACUUCGGAGGAAGGACAGCGCCAGGGGUUCGGGGGCGAGAGCGGAGCGAGUAGUGUGGCAAACGGCGGGAGAGAUGAAUCCAGCCAGAAGAAGGCGAACAGGGCCAGCGAGGCGUCGAAGGCCGCCGCGUUAUUCGCGUGCCAUGGAGACCCCACAGGAGAGUUCGUUUAUUUUAGCGGAGACGUCGAAGAAAAACUUGAAUUCCACCCGGCGAGAGGCAACGUCCUUUUUCUCUCUUCGCUUCACGGAUGGUGCCUGCAUCUCCCCUCCUUCGCGCGUCAAACUCUCCUCAGUCUUCUGCAGCUGCCUCCAAGUGCGCUACCGCGCCUCCUUCCGGCUCUGUGGGGCGACUUCUACCUCAAGCGGAGCUCGAAACCUACGUCCGCGGCUACCCAAAACGGCGCCUCGGCCGCGGCUUCGUCUGGCAAAGCGCGCGCAGACGGCACCGGGUUCGAGAUCCGCAAGGCGCCUUCGUUCUCUAGCCAGCCGCGCAUCGUGGAGCAGCUCAUCUUCGGCAACAUAUGGAAGGUUUACGAAGCGGCUGCCGCGGCGCCGGCGCAGGCCGGGGCGGCGGAUGCGGUCGCCGGCGGGGCCGAGAAGCUCGAGAGGCUGUGGAAGAUGGUUGACGUGUUGGCGAUCCCGCCAAGCUCGAAGGCCCGCGUAAAGGCGGAGGUCAAGCAGCUCGUGCUGGCUCAGAGCCACGCCGCCGAGGGCAGCAGAGGCUCGAGGGAGCGAGGCAAGAGAUUUGCGGAGGACAACUCGCUCCCCGGCGCUUCAACUGGGGGGGGACGGGGAGACGAAGAGUUUGCCGCAGACAUUGUCAAAGCAAUCCUGACGCGCUGGCUGCCCGUGGCUGAAACGGUCCUGGGCGUCAUCGUGGAUCGCAUUCCGAAUCCGCUCGCCGCCGCGAGGCAGCGGCUGACGUACCUCUGCCCGGCUCUGCAGCGAGCCCUGAGAGGGCCUGUGGGGCCGCGGCUUCUGCAGCUGCAGCAGCAGCGCGCGGCGGCUCAAACUGCUUCUGUCGCCGGCGACAGGCCAUCGCAGGCGGACGAGUGUGCAGGCGGUGAAUCGGCGGCUGCCGCGCCCUCCUCUUCUGCGACGCAGCCCUGCACGAGCGGCACGCCUGCAAAGCCGCCGCUGGUCCUGUUGUAUGUUGCCAAAUUCCUCGGGGCUGACCAGAAGAUGCGCCGACUCACUGGCGACAGACUGCAAGGCACGGAGCGUUUCAGCGGCUUCGUCGGCCUUUGUCGCGUCUUCGUGGGCACGCUUCGCCGCGGGGCGGUUCUGCACGUCUGCGCGGAGGACUCUGCGGGCGGCGCGGAAGCGGGACGCGGCAGAGAGCUUCCGCUGUCUCCUGGCGACGCUGCGCCUGGUGAAGCGGAGACCGCCGGCCGGGCGGGGGGGGCCCCUCGGGACGCGUUCUACGUGCGUCAGAUUUACGUCCUUUUUGGGCAAGAUUUGAAGCCGAUCGACGCGGCCGCCGCCGGCUCUGUGGUGGCUGUCAGCCUGCGGCCGCGGAAGACGAAGGCGAGGCGCGGGAACUCGCUGUCUGCCAAGCGGCAGGACGAAGAGGUCACGGACGUCGAUCAGGACGGCGACCUUGAAGGGGACGAUCUGUCAGAGGGAGAAGAAUCGCUUGAGCAGUCGCUUCGGGACGUGACGGCCUGGCUCCAGUCGCUCCGCGACCGCAACCGCCCGCUUCUGCAGCUCCAGAAGGGCUUUUCUUCGGGCUCUGGGGCCGCGGCCUCCCGCGCCGCGGGCGCCGCUCCGGGCCACGCUGCGGAAGUCACGAGUCUGCACCGAUGCGUGACACUGAGCAACUGGGCAGACUGUCCUUCGCUCCUGACGCCCUACUCGAAGGCGUCGUCGGCGAUUGUGCGCGUCGCGGUGGAGCCGCAGCGACUCGAAGACGCCCAACAGUUUGUCAAAGGGAUGGCGCGCCUGUACGUUGCCGAUCCCUCCGUCGAGCUCUCAGUCCUCGACAGCGGCGAAUUCCUCAUGGGGUGCUGCGGCGAAGUCCACCUUGAAACCUGCAUCCGAGACCUUCAAGGCCUGUACGCGGAGGUUCCAAUCACAGUCUCUCCUCCGAUGGUGGCGAUUCGGGAGACGCUCGCGCCGGCGGCCUCUGCCAGCCACAGCGGAGACUCAGCUCUGGCGGCUGCUUCCACAGGCAUGUCCGGCGGCGCGUCCGCCGCGUCGCAAGCGACCUCCUGCCCAGUGUCUCAGCGGAUCGCCUUCCCGCCGUGGGCGAAGGUGUCUGCGCCAAGCCAGCGUGCGUCUCUCUCUGGCUCCGCGCUGCCUGCUUUCGCGGAAAUGUCUGGGUUCGGCGCCGCUGCAGAGGGCGCUGCGGCCUCGCCCUCCGCGGCCGCGGGGCGUGGCGCAGACUUCGCGGCUCCUCCGCUUUCGCACCCUGCGACCAACGGCGCCAACCUGAGCACUUUGCCGGCGACCAGCUGUGUGGCGGCCGCUGACGGCGCCGGAGGCGCGUCGGGCGCGGACGACGAGACUUGCGCGUCGAGAAAAGAGGGCGGAGACCGCAGCAGAGAAGAGGGAGAGAAAGGCGAACGACUCGGCGGCGGAGAGGACGCCAUUGCAGCCUGGCUCGCGAAGCGAGCCGCAGAGCUGAAGGCGGGUGAAGGCGUGUGCGCGUGGACAGCGAGUCAUCAGUUGGGCAUCCUGCUGAGGGCAGAACCGAUGCCCGCUCGAGUGACGGAUUGGCUGACGGAGGCCUCCCGUGAGAUCAACGCGGUGCUGAAGUCACGCGUGCCUUCUCGACGUUUUCUUCGCAGCCAGCGACCCGCUGCCAGCCGGCCGUCGGAGACCAGCGACUCAGGAGCCGCGGGGAGCGCGUCGCCUACGUCGUCGUCCGCGGACGCGGCUGGUUUCCUCCGCGAGGCGAUGGAGAACAUCGCCGCUGAGUUGCGAGCGACCUGGGCGCACCGCGACGGCGUCUCGUCGUCGUCGGGGGCAGAAGGCGGCGAAGAGGUGCAGGCCGGAGCGGGGUCUCCGCCCGGCGAGCCGAGUGGAAGUUACCUCGAAAAAGACGAGGCGUGCGAGUCUCCCUCCAGGAGACAGCCUCGACCGUCCGAGGGCCGAAUUCCGUUCCCGGGACAUAUCUGGGGGCUGGCGUUGUCUGCAGGAUCCUGCAACGCCCUCCUUGCGUCCUCCUCUUGCUGCCUCGUCGUGCCUGCCUCGAGUGCGCUCGACAGCGAGAGUGGGUCGGCGGCAGACAGGCAGAGAGACUCCGUAGAGGGCGGCGAGGGCCGCGACCCCUCUGAGGGCGUGACUUGUGGGACGCCCGGAGCCUGCCGCGGGCUCACCGCGGACAGGCGAGGCGGAGACAGUCUCCCCCCGGGCUGGCGCGAGCUCCGCGACCUAGACACCUGGCGCCUCGCGCACUCGUACGGCACAGAUGCGUCUGCGUGGCCGUCGAACUCCGCGGCUGGCUUGCUGAAGCGCGUGCUGCCGGCGCUCGUCUCGGGCUUCGAGCUCGCCUGCCUCAGCGGCCCGCUCGCCGAGGAGCCCAUUCGGGGCGUGGCCUUCAUCCUGGAGGCGCUUGUUUACCGGACCCCUUCGGCUGGGUCUAGCGGCGCAGAGGCGCGAAAGUUGGCCGUGGGCGUGUGCCGACCUCUCUCGGCGCCGAGAGGCGAACAAGAGGACGCCCUCGACGACGCCCGCAGCGUCGUUUCUCUCGACUCCUCGUUGUGUCGCACCGUCUGCUCAGCGAACGCGGCGACUCCCCACGGACCAUUCUCCGGCCAGGUGAUGUCGACGAUGAAGGAAGCGUGCAGGAAGAGUCUGCUUCAACGCGGCCGGUGCCGAAUUUACGAAGCCAUGAUCCGCUUCACCCUGACGUGUGAGCAGCGCGUGCUGGGGAAGGUGUACGGAGUUCUCUCGAGGAGACGCAGCAAAAUCUACAAGGAGGGUCUUCUCGAGGGUCAGACGUCGCUCUUCAUUGUUGACGGCUGUCUGCCCACGUCAGAGGCCGUCGGCAUAGCGCGCGAGCUCCGUUCGAAGGCGUCGGGCCACGUCACCCUGCAGAUGCAGUUCUCCCACUGGGAAGUCCUGGACGAGGAUCCAUUUCCUGAGGCAUGCAUGACUGAAGAGGAAGUCGAAGACGAGGGAGCCGCUGGGAUUGCUGCGUUGGCUAGCCAAAUCACUGCACGGCGAAUUAUCAACUCAAUUCGAAAGACAAAGGGCCUGCCAACGGAAGAAAAGGUUGUGACGGCAGCUGAGAAGCAGAGAACUCUGACAAGGAAUAAAUGA